AUGCCCGGCCUACCAUCCAGUGUAGACCUCGAUGAAUGCAUAUCUCGGCUUUCCAAGAAGGAACUGCUGGCCGAGCCGGUCAUCGAGGCAAUAUGCGCAAAGACCAAGGAGUUGCUCAUGAAGGAGAGUAAUGUGGUACACAUUCGAGCGCCCGUCACUGUCGUCGGUGACAUCCAUGGCCAGUUUUUUGACAUGAUGGAGAUAUUCAAGAUUGGUGGACCAUGUCCGGACACAAACUACCUCUUCUUGGGCGACUACGUCGAUCGUGGCCUCUUUUCUGUCGAAACUAUAUCGCUCCUUGUCUGUCUGAAACUCCGCUAUCCGCACCGCGUCCACCUUAUCCGUGGCAACCACGAGUCUCGCGGUGUCACCCAGUCCUACGGCUUCUAUACCGAAUGCUCACGCAAAUAUGGCAAUGCGAAUGUCUGGCACUAUUUUACCGACAUGUUCGACUUUCUCACGCUCUCCGUAGUCAUUAAUGACCAAAUCUUCUGCGUGCAUGGUGGCUUGUCGCCUUCAAUACACUCCAUCGAUCAGAUCAAGAUCAUCGACCGUUUCCGGGAAAUCCCUCAUGAAGGGCCCAUGGCAGAUCUUGUAUGGAGCGAUCCAGAUCCCGAAAGAGACGAGUUCUCCCUCAGUCCUAGAGGAGCAGGCUACACAUUUGGCGCUCAGGUGGUCAAAAAGUUCUUGGAAGUCAACUCUAUGUCGCAUAUUCUGCGCGCGCAUCAGUUGUGCCAAGAAGGCUACCAGAUUCUUUACGACGACAGACUAAGUACUGUUUGGAGUGCACCCAACUACUGCUACCGAUGCGGUAACAUGGCUAGUGUGCUCGAAGUUAGCGACACGGGUGAACGCUUUUUCAACGUGUUUGAUGCCAGUCCGGAUAACGAUGUCCACCGGGCUGAGCAGCAGCAGCAGCAAGGAAAAGAAGUGACGACGGAGUACUUUCUAUGA